AUGUUACAACACGCUCAAAUGGCACAUGCUUUCCAAUCCACGACAACAGGCGGUCGAACAUAUCAGAUCUCAAAAUUGCCAGAACUCGACUAUGCCAUCAACACAACCAUCUUCCGCGAAAUCCUGGAACUGGACGACGAGGACGAACAAUACUUUACCCGUUCAUUAGUAUGCGACUUUAUCACUCUUGCCCAACGGACCUUUACGGAGAUGGAUGCAUGCCUAGAAACGCAAGAUGUGAAGCAAUUAUGGAGCAAAGCCCGAUACCUCAGAGGUCCGAGUGCGACAUUGGGCGUUUACAAGGUCGAGUCUAGUUGUGCUCGGAUUGAGCAAAUGACAGCGAUCCACGACUCAUUGCAGACCGAGAGCGACUCGAAGUCGACACUUUGCAACUCGGCGAGGAUUGUUAUAGAUCAAGCCCAGCAACAUUUCGCAGAGGCAGAAAACGCAUUGCGGCUCUUCUAUGGAAUGGAUUGA